AUGACCCAUUUUGAACAUUUUUCUAGGUUCCUAACCUUCAACAAAUAUACAACAACAUUCUUUGUCUUUUUAGCAACCACAUACCCUUUGAUUGGCCUAAGGGUCUCUGAGGAGAAGCAAGGUUUAAUAAAGUCCUAUGUCCAACCAAGCCACGCAGUUGGUGCUCACACUGCUGAAGUGAACUGCCUUUCUUUCAGUCCUUAUAGUGAGUUCCUUCUUGCCACAGGAUCAGCUGACAAGACUGUUGCCUUGUGGGAUCUGAGAAAUCUGAAACUUAAGUUGCAUUCCUUUGAAUCACAUAAGGAUGAAAUAUUCCAGGUUCAGUGGUCGCCUUACAAUGAGACUAUUUUGGCUUCCAGUGGUACUGAUCACAGGCUGAAUGUCUGGGAUUUAAGUAAAAUUGGAGAGGAACAAUCCCUGGAAGAUGCAGAAGAUGGACCAUCAGAGUUGUUGUUUAUUCAUGGUGGUCACACUGCCAAGAUAUCUGAUUUCUCCUCAAAUCCCAAUGAACCUUGGGUGAUUUGUUCUGUAUCAGAAGACAAUAUCAUGCAAGCUUGUCAAAUGGCAGAGAACAUUUAUAAUGAUGAAGACCCUGAAGGGAGCGUGGAUCCAGAAGGACAAGGAUCCUAGAGAAUGUCUGCACUUCUUGUGAUUUUAGACUCCCCUUUUCUUCCUCUCAACCCUGAGAUUGAUUUAACAUUGGUU